AUGAUAGAACAAAAGUUUACCAAACGAAUCGUUAAUAAUUCUAAUUCAUGUAAAAAAAUUGUUCAACCAAACUGUACAUUAUUUAAAUCUCAUAUAGAUAUUAUCAAUUCGUUACCAUUUUUGAAUGUAUCAUACAAUUUAUCAUCAAAUUUAGCAUCAAAAACACAUGCUACAAUAAAUUCUCAAAAUGAAAUUAAUAUUUUCUAUAUAAAUCAUGAGAAACAAUUUUCAUCAAAUAUUUAUUGUUUAAUAUCGUUAGAAAAAUUGAUAAUUAAUUUCGUAGAUACAACAAUAUCAUCAGAAAUUAAAAAUUUAAAUAAAUUAAUUGAACUUGAAAUUGGAUAUAAUCAAGUAUUAUCAUCAAUUCCAAAUGAAAUAGGUCAACUUCGUCUAUUAAAAAUAUUAAAAAUUCAUUCAUGUCCACUUUUAAGAACACUUCCCGAUGAUAUGAAACAUUUAACAAAUUUAAUAUCUUUGACAGUCGAAUAUUCUAGUAUAACAAAAAUUCCCACAUUUAUUCGAGAUUUAACCGUAUUAGAAACGUUGUAUCUAUAUAAUAAUAAAAUAACAGUAUUCUGGGAUACAAUUGCAGGUUUAACUCGUUUAAAACAUUUAGAUUUAAAUUUUAAUCCGUUAACAUCUAUUAGUGCAAAUAUUCGAAAUAUACCGCGUUUACAAGGUCUACAAUUACGUGGUUGUAAUUUAAAAUAUGUACCAAAUUUUAUAACACAACUCUAUUCAUUGACUACAUUAGAUUUAAGUGGGAAUUCAUUAGUAUCAUUGCCAUUAACAUUUAUUCAUUUACAAAAAUUACAUUGGUUACAUUUAGGUUCAAAUAAAUUUCAACAAAUACCACGAGAAAUACUAUUAUUAUAUAAAUUAGAAUAUUUAUUCAUGUCUUACAAUUCAAUUUCAUCAUUAUCUGGUCUUGGUAUAUUAAAAACAUUAAAAUCAUUGGAUUUAAGAGGAAAUCAACUAUGCACUAUACCAGAAGAAAUAGAAAAUUUAGUCUCGUUAACUGAGCUUAAUUUAAGCGAUAAUUAUUUGUCACAUUUAUCUACUGAACUUUUAACUGGUAUACAACACUUAAGUGAAGUUUAUUUGUAUAACAAUCUAUUUUCAGAUACGGAACAUACAAAAAUUAAAAAUUUACUGAAAAAUACCAGCGUAUUUAUCUAA